AUGGAUGAAAAUCGUGAUUUUUGUCAAGAAUGGAUUUGUGAUAAUGAAAAGUAUCAAUGUCGAUCGGGUCAAUGUAUCGAGUUAAAUUGGGUAUGUGAUGGUGAAUGGGAUUGUAGUGAUGCCUCAGAUGAGGAGGCCAUCGUUUUAACCUAUAAAUGGUCCUAUCGUAAUGAAAAUCUGAUAGGAUUCAAUGAACGAAGGCAAGAAUGCAUUCGUCGAUACUCGAACUUGACAAUGCCUUUCUCAGAUUUGUGUAAUUUGUUAGUAGAAUAUCCGUGUUAUUUAGCCUCUGCACCCAAUCCAUUGGAUAUUUAUACUCAUAAACCUUGCAUUAAUCUUACUCAAAUCGGCGACGGCAUUGUCAACUGUUAUGGAGGUGUAGACGAAAAAAAUACAUUAGAAAGCUGUGGAGGCAGUAUGCUCGGCUACACAUUGCGAUGCAACAAUUCAUGUGUUUACCAUUAUCUUGCUUGCAGAACUGAUGAACUGUGUUCGAAUUCAUUACUCUGUUGGUACAAAAGCAAGAAUGCAACAUGUUCCGGUCAGAACGAUGUAAUUUGUCUUGAUGGAACAUGUGUUGAAAAUGCUCGAUGCAAUGAAGUCAAACAAUGCUUUCACGGGGAAGAUGAAUAUUGGUGCUCUCCAGACUUUGGGCUGGAACAUAUUGCCGUUUAUCGAUAUACAAAACAACGAAAUGCUGUUUACAUAUUGGAGAUACCAACAUUUCCACCACUUGUUCCCACAAUUCAGCAACACAAUAAGUCAGCAUUGGUAACAGAAACAAAAUAUCGACAUAUUAGGAUACUUAAUACGCGUGAAUAUCAACAAAACAAAGCUAUUGAACUUGAUAGUAAAUUCUUUGUUUGCAAUCGAGGCAUUGCCAUUUAUUCUCCGUCCAACGUAUCUUGUUUCUGUCCGCCUGCCUACUACGGUAACCAUUGCGAAUUUUUCUCAGAUCGUCUUACUAUAAUCACGCAUCUCAAUCUGAGCACCCUUCCUAUGCUUUCCACAAGCCUAUUCGAGAUUGUCGCAAGUUUAGUCUUUCUCGACAAAUACAUCGAUCACCAUAUUUUUUAUGUGAAUCCGACGUUCGAAACAAAAUCCUAUGUCAAACAGCGUUUCUAUCUUCUCUACUCUCGUGCUGCUGCGAUGUUACAACACAUGCAAUGGCGUUAUUUGAAUCGUACCGAUGUCCUCAACAAUCAUCCAUAUUCGGUGCAUUUCGAUGUUUAUGCACUACAGUACAAUAAUACGAUCGAGCUAGGAUCGUUUCGUUAUCCGAUAUACUUUGAUUAUUUGCCAGCCUUUCGUCUCGCCACUGUAUUAAAGUUUCCUUCUUGGUUUGGAAAUUCUACGUUCAAUCCAUGUGUUCAGAAUUCAUGUAAUGCUAAUUCCAUUUGUAAACCUAUUCUAAACAAAGAGUGGCAGUUCUACUGUUCGUGUAAAUCUGGUUACACUGGAGAGAACUGUACAGUGUAUGAACAAAAGUGCUCUUCAUAUUGCUCCCCGGACUCUAUCUGUCGACCAGGUCAACGUGGGUUGAUAAAAAAUCCGGACAAUCCAUUAUGUAUAUGUCCUCUUGAUCAUUUUGGGCCUAGCUGUCAUUUACAAAAUGAAGGAUGCAAAUCAAAUCCAUGUGGCUCGAAUGCAACUUGCCACUUAACAUACGAUCCGAGUGGUGACAAAUCAAUCAUUUGUGAAUGUUCAAAACAGUUCUAUGGUGAUCGAUGUCAGCAUGAGAAAGUCGCCAUUGCAAUUACUGUGAAUAUGACAUCGGCACCAAGUGUUAGUGUCGUUCAGUUCUAUAACUUUUAUCAUACUACACCCAUGAAACUCGCAAUCCAACAUCAAAAGAUAACCGUUGGAUUGCCACUGAAGAUUCGACACGAUCACGGUCAGCAGGCGGCUCCUUGGUUGUGUUUAUUAAAAACAUACGAAAGUUCUCCAGAUCCUCAAUACUAUGUUCUCUAUGUCCAACUAAACGUUAUGCUUAUCAACCUCACUACUACGCCUCAGUUCUGUCCAAAUGCAAUGUCACUUCUAUCCAAAGGCAAGUUGUUUGCAUCUAGAAAGAAAUUUCCAUUUUUUUCCUGGUUUCAGAUGAGAAAUCAAAAGUACCUGCUUUGUUCAAGUAUCAUCAUAUUUGCCGUAAUGAUACUGAUCGGUUAUGUUUUCACGAUAGCACUUACUUCUGUCUUUGUCAAAAGAAUGACACUCGUGCCAUGUGUCUUAUACAUGACCCCCUUGUAGACCGUUGUGACUUUUGUUUGUCAGGUGGAAUAUGUGUUAAAGGUGAUCUGGCAAAUCUCACAGAAUUCGUCUGCAUAUGUCCAUACUGUUAUCAAGGAUCUAUGUGCGAAUUCAGCAUGCAAGCUUUCGGAUUCACUCUCGACUCUCUCCUUGUAUCGGAGUCUACAGCUGUUCAAGUCUUCUACAUAGCUUUGACCUUUCUUCUUUUCGUCGUUGGUCUUUUUAACAACUUUUGCUCGUUUCUUACUUUUAAACGACCAGAGCCACGCAAAUUCAGAGUUGGAAACUAUCUCUUUAUUGUCACUAUUCUCAAUCAAUUUGCUUUUCUCUGUCUUUUAUUCAAAUUUGCUCAUGUCUUUUUGAGUACACUAGGGCAGGCAACGAACACAUCAUGCAGAGUCAUAAGUUAUCUUCUAUCUACCGUCACUCGUUCGACUUACUGGCUAACAAGUUGGGUUACUGUUGACCGUCUCCUGAUGAUCCUGUUUCCCACGAGUACUGCUUCCCAAAAUCCUCGUAUCGCUAUCUACACAAGUAUUGCUACCAUUCUUGCUCUGUUAGGUAUGCACGCGCACGAGAUUCUCUUUUACACCAUCAUACGUCAGUCGGAAUCUUCUAACUUGCUUUGUGUAAUUAAUUUUAAACAAAGUAUGGUGGCCAAAUACGAUCAAGUAAGCACAUUUUUGCAUAAUCUCGCUCCUUUCUUUGUCCAAGUAAUCGCCAUUACCGUCCUAAUCGUACAAGUUGCUCGAAGUCGAGCAAGAACGGUAGGCAAGAAGAUAACAUUUGGAAAAGUAUUGAAACAACAGUUCAAUAUGCACAAAGAACUCUACACAAUACCUGGUAUUAUCGUCUUAUCUACUUUACCGCAAACCAUUGUCUCGUUCAGUCUGGCUUGUGCGCAAUUGAGUGCAUGGCAAAGACAUACCCUUCUUGUCACUUACUUACUUUCCUAUAUCCCACAUGCACUUGGAUUUGUCAUUUACGUUUUGCCUUCAAGCAGUUACAAGAAGGUGUUUAGUGAUACAUUUUUAGGGAAGAAAUAUUUGACUUGGAUGAUCAAGUCGAAGACGAAGAAACUUCAACAGCCAAUGAUCAAGCCGAUUCAAUAACUGAUAAAUAAACUUUUGACAGUUUGUUGCUUCUUAUGACAUGUCAUGAAAAUAUUAACAAAAUUCUACACGUAUAAGUAUCUAUAUCUUUUAUUUUUGUUUUACUGAACGAUAUAAAUCGACAAAACAAGGAAGGGUAUGGGUGUGCGUGUGGGUGUGGAUGUUGGGUGUGUGGGUGUGGAUGUGGGGUGUUUGGGUGUGGAUGUUGGAUGUGUGGGUGCGCGUGUGGGGUGUGUGGGUGUGGGUGUGGGUGGAUGUGGGUGUGCGUGUGGGUGUGGGUGUGGAUAUAGAAAAGACCCAUGUGAAGCUCAUGGCACGCACACCCACACCCGACGCGCUACAUCCACACUCACACACCCACACCACAUCCACGUCCACACCCCACAUACACACCCACACCCACACCCACACCCCACAUACACACCCACACCCACACCCACACCCACACCCACACCCACACCCG